AUGGCAGAUUUCGACUUGGACAUUGAGCGAGAUGGGGGCGUGGUGCAGCUCUCUCUGCUUGACGGAGGCAGCUUUUCGACUGCUACUUUGAACCUUCUCCAUGCUGAUGCCGGUCCCACUCCUUUUCGCAUGUACAAUUGGUGCUUCCUGAUCAGGCAUCUCCCGUCUGGUCGACAUGUUCUCUGGGAUCUGGGAUGUAGUAACGACCAUAGCCUCUACACGCCUUGGGUGUUGCAGAGACUAGUGCCUUAUGCAGGGCCGGUAGGGCCAUCUAUCCCUAUCGUGGACCAGUUGCUGGAGUUGGGAGUCCAUGCAGAUCAAGUCGAUUCGGUCGUGUUCAGUCAUGCACACUGGGAUCAUUGUCGAGCAAUCAGUCCCGAAUUCCCACAAGCGACUGCCUUCUUUGGCCCAGGCACAAAGGACUUCUGCUCGCCGGGCCACAUGGUUGAUGGCAAAGCAUGUGAUGAUGUCGAAUGGGAUGGUCGUUAUUUCGAUGGAAAGGGAUAUGCGACAGAGCGCUGGGAGGAGUUCAGUGGUCCAUGGAAGCGAUUCGGCCCAUUCGAUAAGGUGAUGGAUUUCUUUGGAGAUGGAAGUUUUCUGAUCGUCGACGCGCCAGGACAUAUGCCCGGCAAUUUGUGUGCACUUGUGAGACUGGAUGCUUCGAGAGAAUGGGUAUUGCUGGGCGGGGACUGCUGCCAUUCCCACAAACUGCUCUGUGGCGAAUCGAAAAUCGCGACUUUUCAACAGCAGAACGGCGAAGUAGAGGCGUAUCUGCACAAGGACUUGAUGGCGGCCGAAAAGACGAUUAGUCUCAUCAGGAGGGCACAGGCAGAGCUAGGAGCGCACAUCUGUCUUGCACAUGAUGAACAUUGGAUGAUUACUCAGGAGGACCCCGUGCUUCUAUCACUUUUGAAUGAAAGUAAGAAAGGCGAGUGGCUGCAGCGUGUGAUACAGCAGAAGCAGCCUUAG